AUGCGACAGAGAUUCAAAAAGCAAGCAGUUAGCUCACUGAAGACUCUGGUGGUGUGGUACGAGCAUCAUAAGCAGACAUGCAAACAGGAGCCUGUACUCUAUGAACUGCAGCAAGUGUGUGAGUGCUCAGUGGCCAUUGUGUGGCAGUGUGAAGCAGGUCACCAGUACCUGCAGUGCUUAGAGCCUGUCCAGAAGAACUGCCACACCCCGGAUGCUGAACCUGCUGCCAAGGACAGUGUGACGGUCAGCACCUCGGAGGAAACCCAGAGUCAGCAGCCCCGUCCAGUGACCAAGAAGGUGAGGAAGGAGAAGAGAGGCACAGCCAGAAGGAAGCCAGGACAGUCUAAUGAAUUGUACAUGAAGUGCGAAUCGGACACUUCCACCUGUGACGAGUCUGACUCUGAACAGAAGUUUGAGGAAUAUUUCAAUGUGAAACUCAUUGAUGUUGAUGCCAGUGAGUCUGUUUAUGACACUGCAAGCAAAGAAGGUGGCGUGAAUGACAAAGCCUUGAAUUCGGGGGGCAAACCUUGUGAAGAAACAGACAAAAAUGAAGGCCGACAUGGAACUGAGGUUGGUGAGCUGGUAUCUCCGUGUCGAGCCCAAUCGCCAUGCAAGAGCUCUAUUGGGGAAGACCAUCUACCACUGCCAGCACAGCUUCCGGCACUGACUGAUGUACCGCAGACUGUUGAGAAAGAUGCGUUGAGCUCCUUAACUGCUGACUGUCCUGUAACUGUGCAGAUUUCCACUGUACAGAGUUCGGAGAUCACUAGCAUCACAGAGUCAGAGUUUGGGCAGGUACCUUUGGGCACUGCGCAGCCAGUAAACCCCCCUGAAUACGAGGAAAUGACGUGUACUUUUUCAGAGCAAUUGACUUAUGUGAAUCCAGUGGGUGAAUGUUAUACCAUUGCGGGACAGACUGAAGGCACAGAGUGGAGUGAGCAUCCAGGUGUGAUAGGAGAAAGAACAGUCAUUGAUGGCUCUGCGUUGCCUGCAACUGAACCAAAGGAAGCUGCACAGAAAACGCCACAUAAACCAAAGAGGAAAAAGGGCGGCUACAUUAUUGAUGCAGAUGGGAUGUUUCAGUUGUUUCACUGUCCGCACGAAGGAUGCAGCCAGGUAUACAUCACUUUGAACAGCUUCCAGAACCAUGUCAACCUUGUGCACAGAAAGGGGAAAACGAAAGUUUGUUCACAUCCAGGUUGUGGGAAGAGGUUUUACUUAUCGAAUCAUCUCCGGCGACACAUGAUCAUUCAUUCAGGUGUGCGGGAUUUUAUCUGUGAAACAUGCGGGAAGUCAUUCAAAAGAAAGAACCACCUUGAAGUUCACCGAAGGAUGCACACAGGGGAGACCCCACUCCAGUGUGAAAUCUGUGGCUAUCAGUGUCGACAGAGGGCGUCGCUGAACUGGCACAUGAAGAAGCACAACACAGAAAUACAGUACAACUUCACCUGUGAAUACUGCGGCAAGAAGUUUGAGAAAAUGGAAAGUGUUAAGUUUCACAAGUUAAAAAGCCACCCUGAAUGUCAAACCAUGUGACGCUACUGGACUUAAACCACCGUAAUACUUGAGGAACGUGUACAAACACUCCUUGACUCCAUGUAAAUUCUGUGCAAGUACUGUGACUAUAUGGAAAAUGAAAUUUUUAUAUUAUU